AUGGCAGACGAGGACCUUAUUUUUCGUAUGGAAGGGAUUGAUAAUGCUAGAUCGACUACAGCAAACUCAGGAAAUUACCUUGAUGCUGAUAGUGAUGAUGAAGACAAUUAUUUCAUCUGUCCAAUAACUGAUGAUCCACUUUCUAACAACUCUGCUGGUAUCAAAGUUGACAAUUAUUAUAGCAGCUUAGCAAAAACUGAACAGUACAGUUCAAGCUCCUCUCCUAGAAAUUCCUUUAGCUUUAAGGAAGCCUGGAAACAUGCUAUUCAGAAAGCUAAGCACAUGCCUGAUCCGUGGGCAGAAUUUCAUCUGGAGGACAUUGAGACGGAACAAGCCACUCGUUACAGGUACAAUGCAGUUACUGGGGACUGGGUUGAAGAUGAAGUCCUCAUCAAGAUGGCUUCACAACCUUUUGGCCGUGGAGCAAUGCGAGAGUGUUUCAGAACGAAAAAGCUGUCCAACUUCUUACACACACAGAACUGGAAAGGUGCCUAUAACUAUGUUGCCAAACAAUACAUAGAGAGUGUGGCCAGGGAUGUGUAUUUUGAGGAUGUCCGGCUUCAGAUGGAAGCAAAACUCUGGGGAGAAGAGUACAACCGGCACAAGCCACCAAAACAGGUGGAUAUAGUACAGACCUGUAUUAUUGAAAUGAAGAACAGACCUGGAAAGCCUCUCUUUCAUCUGGAACAUUACAUUGAGGGCAAAUACAUCAAAUACAACUCAAAUUCUGGAUUUGUGCGAGACGACAACAUUCGUCUUACUCCGCAAGCUUUUAGUCACUUCACCUUUGAGCGCUCAGGACACCAACUCAUUAUUGUUGAUAUCCAGGGAGUUGGAGAUCUUUACACGGACCCUCAGAUCCAUACAGAGAAUGGUACAGAUUUUGGAGAUGGCAACCUAGGUGUUCGAGGUAUGGCCUUGUUCUUUCAUUCACAUUUCUGCAACAAGAUUUGCAAAAGCAUGGGCCUCGCACCAUUUGAUCUUUCAUCCAAAGAGAAAGAUGCCUUGGAUUGUAAUAAAAAAUUACUUGAAUCUGCUCAAACAAUUCUCCGUGGCACAGAGGAAAAAUGUGGCAGCAGCCGGGUGAGAACAGUCUCUGGUAGUCGGCCACCUCUGCUCUUCCGCCUGUCUGAAAACUCUGGAGAUGAAAGCAUGAGCGAUGUAGCAUUUGACUCCCUACCCUGCUCUCCUUCCUCGGCAACCCCUCACAGCCAAAAGAUGGACAUGCUUAAUUGGCCUGUCUUCAAUGAAUUAGAUAAUUUGGUUCACAAAGACUAUGAUCAGCUUGAUAACCAGAGGGAUUUUGAAAAUGGUGGAGACAGUGGAUAUCCCAGUGAGAAGCGGAGUGAGCUCGAAGAUCUGGAUCAUAGAGAGAGGGGCCAUUCAAACAACAACCGAAGAAAUGAAUCUGAUGAAGACAGUUUGGGAAGCUCUGCAAGGAUCAGUGUGGAGAAAUGGAAUCUCUACAACUCUUCCAGAGUCCACAUCCACAGACCGUCGUGUGUUGCCCAAGAAAUUCAGAGGCUUAAUGCGCUAGAACUUGAAAAGAAAAUUGGGAAGUCAAUCCUUGGGAAGGUUCAUUUGGCCAUGGUUCGCUAUCAUGAAGCUGGGCGUUUCUGUGAGAAAGACAAGGAUUGGGAUCGGGAGUCGGCCCUGUUUCACCUGGAGCAUGCUGCAGACUGUGGGGAGCUGGAAGCCAUCGUUGGGUUAGGACUCAUGUGCUCUCAGCUGCCACAUCACAUUCUUUCUGAGGUCACUCUAGAGGACACAAAGGAGAACAGAAAUAAAGGAUUUGAUUACUUGCUGAGAGCAGCAGAAGCUGGAGACCGGCCUUCCAUGAUUCUGGUAGCAAGAGCAUAUGAUACAGGUGUAAAUCUUGGUUCAGACAGAGUACAGGAUUGGAAGGAGGCACUGUACUGGUACAAUGCUGCACUGAACAUGACUGACUAUGAUGAGGGAGGUGAAUAUGAUGACACUCAAGAUGAGCCCCGGUAUCUGCUUCUGGCCAGGGAAGCAGAGAUGUUAAUGAUGGGAGGGUUCCACCUGGGUAAGGAUCCGCAGAGAUCAGGUGAGCUGUACACGGAGGCAGCAGAAGCAGCCAUGGAAGCCAUGAAAGGCAGAUUGGCAAACCAGUACUACCAAAAAGCAGAAGAGGCUUGGGCGAUGAUGGAAGAAUGA